AGCGCAUUUUUGCACACUAACAUUUCGUCCAGAUAAUAUAAUUAAGACUCACAGUAGUAAAUUUGAAUAGAAAAAUUCACAUUUCAAUUCAAUACAGUCUUUUGAUGAGGGAUAAUCUAUCGAAUUCCAGGUCUUGUUUUAAUACAUCAACAAUCAGACAGUAGACAAAGAAUUGUCGGUUUUAAAGCACUUUUUCAAAAUUUGAAAGCUAUGCAGGUGAGUUGUCAGCAGUGCUGGUCGGAAAAUUUUGUUGCUGUCUAUGUUCAGUUUUACUUAAGUGAAUUAUAUCUUUUAGAAUAAUAAUAAUAGACAGCUAGAUAAAAUUGCGAAAAGGCGGGCAGCAGACACGAAAUACCCUAGGUUGUUUGGCUGUUCCCGAUCAACCUAUUACAGAAGGUUGAGGAAAAUAAAAGGACAGUUCAUAAAGAAGUGUCAGUUACCGAGCUGUGACGAAGAGACAGACAAUCCAGUUGUCGUCACAGAAUCGCGUACUAACGUAGCUACAGAGCAGUGGACUAAUAUUGUCACAGAUACAGCUACUGCUUCAUGUAGUCACGUCCAGUGUUUUUCACGCAUGCGCAUUUAUUUACAGCAUCAAAGUGGGAAAUACAUAUUAGUUGACGAUAAGGAAAACAAGCAAGUGGUCUGUAUUCCGAAAAAAUGGCUCCUAACCAACGAUCAUUACAUUUAUCGUGAUGAUAUCAGUGAACACGAAAUCGUUGAGGGUAUUGAUGUUGACAGUCGAUUCAACGUGAGAAAAUGUGCUGUUAUGCAUCGUUGUGACGACUACAAUGUAGCCCAGGAAUUAAAAGUGUGUUUAGCAACAGUACUGGGCUACAAUACUAACAUCACGAAUAACGAUGAGACGCAGCCUUGUGACGCUAAAAAACCAAAAAGAACUGUCACACGAAAGCACAAUGAUUAUCUAUGCACCUCGGAAGAACUAGAGGUUGCUGAGGUUGAGGCUGGAUUUGCCCCGGUGAAAUUUCCAGUUGUCAACAUUUCAACAGGAACGUUUUCUCCUAUUGCGAGUUCAUCGACAGCUGACGUAUCAUCACCACCACUUCCACGUACGUCGACGGAAGUUGAUAAACCUUUGUGCGAUGAUACAAACAAAAUGUUAAGAACGCUCCUGAAAUCGGUCAGUGAGCUGUCUACGAAAAUAGACAAACUCAUAUUUUUGUGUCAACGCUUAGCCAUGGGUGUGAUCGAUAGGCGUACAGAGGAAAUGGAUAGUGAUGCUAUACAUUUCCCAUUAAGAACGCAUGAGGAGUUGCGUUCUUUAGAGGCAGCUUUAGAAAACCAAAAAUACCGAGAUCAUUUGGUGGCAAGGUUACGCAACCUAAUGUGUGACGAUACUCGGAAAUCAACUAAAGCUUGUCUUCAAUACAUCCUGUCGCCGGAACUAGCGAACAUUUACACUUUGCACGGAACCAGAAGUAAAUUUGGUAUUAGUAAGUACAAAUUUUACUCGACGGUUCAAAGUAAGUCAACUUUACUGUGUUAACAUAUUUGUAGGUGCUUUGUGUUCACAUUUCCGAAGUGCAAGCUGCCCGGAAAAAGAAAUAUUACACGCCAUGGCUACAGCAAGCCAAGCCUUCUUGCAUGACGCAAGAGAUAAAGUACACAAACGUGGAUGGCGAUCCAAAGAAAGGCUGGCUUCGCAGGCUUUAUCAGACGUUACUGUAAGUUCUUUGUUCGCAUUAAUAAGAACAUUGUCAUACUAUUGAUACAUUACCAAUCUUUCACAUAUCUCGACGCGUUAUUAUACACUAAUAAUGAUUUAUUUAUUUUUUAGAACAUUAUCAAUGACACUUCUACGUCGACGUAACGUGUUGCUGUUACAACGCAAUGAAAAACUUUGUAUAAAUGAUUCAUUUGUAAUUUUAUUAACUGUAAUAAACAUUUAUAUAAUUCAUAAAUCAGUCUUUUGACAAUCG